CAAAAAAAUUGUCACUGCCAUUUCUAUUAAAAAAUAUAUUUAUGUAACAAAGCAAAUAUGAGAUAUUUUUGAUAAACUCAAGGUGUCUAAAAUUAAAAAAAUGAUGUGUUUUAUAAUAUAUUUUGGACCCUACGCAGAAGUCGCCUUUUUCAUGGCAUUAUAGUAUUUUAAUUUUAGACAGAGUAAUAUACUCAAAUGGACCUGUUUGAACGUAUUUUGUCCAAUUUUUUUUACAUAAGAUAGCUCAAAAAAAUUUUACUCGCACACUAUGUGGGUCGCAUUAAUCCUAACAAAACUUUGCUGCCGUGCCGUUUGAAUUCUAGUUAACAAAAAUUGAUCAACCAUAUCAAUCAAAAAAGAUUUCAAACUAUUUUUACGUUCUGGUCUAAACUUCCUAUCUGAUCUCCCUUCUUCACACAGUGAGUAUUUGAAACUUUAUAUGGGGUCUCUCAGACCUACUUAUAUGUUUAAGGUUAAAAAUACACAGUAAGGUCCUAAGCAAAAUGGUUGACUUAUAAUUUUAAGACAAGUUUUACAACUUUAGUCUUUGUUUUUAGUAACGUACAAUAACUGUCUUAUGUCUUAAGUCUUAAACUAAAAAAAGAUUUUGUACCUAACUUAAGACUUGAGACACAAGACAGUUAUUGUGCGUUACUAAACGCAAUAAUUUAAGUAGUAAAAUUUGUCUUAAAAUUAUAAGUCAACCAUUUUACUUAGGCUCUAAUGAUACUCAUUUAAACGCUCUGCCUCAGUCGUACUUCGUUUGUUCUGACAGUAAAAGCUGGUCUACAAUGAGUUGCAACGCGUAGUUGCAAAUAGCGAGUGGCUAAUUGCUAAUCGCAAAUUGUAAAUUAUUUCAACGUCUAAUCUAUAUGAAUGUUAAGAUUAUUGGUCAAGGUGCAAAUUGAAAGUUUAAUUAAACGAGAUAUGUGAGCACCGGACGUUCAAGAUGGACGGGAUCCGAUAGCGUACAGUGCAAUAGCCCACCAACCAAUCAUGUUGACUUAUCUAAUCCAACCAACGGAAAAAAUUUAGGCAUCGGCCGCUGUGAAUGAUAGUGUGCUAUUGGUCCCGUGUGCUAUCGGGAUCUGCCUGUUUAAGAUAUCAUUACCGAGAAUUGUCAUAUUACAAAUCACAUUUGUCGUAAUUCUUGCCGCGCUUUGCCACGCUUUUUCAAUUCACUUUAUAGAUUCCAGGGGAUCGAUCAUGAAACUUUUUCUCUAGGGCGGAAACGUGAAAAGUGAAAAUCUUUACCAUUGAAGUUAAUAGAGAAAUUUUUCACUUUUCACGUUUCCGCCUUAGGAAAAAAGUUUCAUGAUUGACCCCCAGGUAGUGCAAUUGCCAGUUGCUGUCGCCAAAGUUAAAAGUUGACCAGCUCUCGUUUGGCAACCGCGAUAUUCUCUUAUCAUCGGAAAUAGCGAUAGGUGCCAUUCUUUGAAACUGGCGACGGAGCAUUCGCAACUUAUUGUAGAACAGCCUUAAGAUCACUAGCCGAUGACAAACGCCCACAUAUUUUUCAUUUUAUCAUUAUUUGACACGUCUACCAAGUAAGUUAAUUUAUAUAUCACGAAAUUAGCUUAUUAUUUAAUAGAUCCAUCAUUUACGUACAGAUAACAAACGUGGCAAAAACUGCGCUUGUCGAAUUAUAUAUGAAGUUAUAAGAUUUUAAAUAAAUUUUCUACGUUUGUAUUGUAUACUUAUUAAAUAGAUUUAAGGCCAAUAAACGAGCAAUAACGGUUGUCAUAUAUAAAAUAUUUAUUCCGUUAUAAAGUCAAUGGGACGUUUCGGACUUAUAUGAUAGCCACCUGUCUGCGUUGUUGCUGCAAUGUUGCCGAAAACAAAGGGCAUUAGUUUUCAGCAAAUUUAGAACAAGGUGUUUGCCUCAUUUGCCUUUGGUUUGGCAUCACACGAAUUCAGCACGUUUUGCUGCCAAUAUACUGUCAACGGUUUAUCGCUAUACAUAAAGAGCAAUGUGAGAGCAAGUUGCUAACAACUGAGUCAUAAAUUUCAGCGAAAAUUCAACAUGUCGAAAACAGAAUCCCUUUUGCGCGUGAUUUGCUGGACGUUUACCCACAAAAUGUUUUCUGGGGGAUGGUGUGAGAAAAAAUUUAAGUAUCUUCCUGAGAAGGUUGCGAUAUUGAUCGAAAACAAUCUUAUUAUUCACCCUUACAAACAUAACAUCAAGAAAACUGAUUUUCCCCUCGAUCUCUCUCUUCAGUAAAUUGUAAACGGUCGUGCAUGGAAUUAAACGUGUCAAGGAUGCCCGAUAACAAGUUAGACGGGGCUGCUAAUAUAAUGUCAUCUACAUAUCUGCAGUAAAAAGUAAUAUGCAGUUACGACCUGGUGAACUCACCGUUGACAAGCUUGACAUGAUAGAAGACACAAAAGGCAAUGCUGGCGAUAUAGGAAGAUUGAUUAUCACCAACUUGAGAAUCAUAUGGCAUUGUUUGGUCUUGCCAAGAAUCAACUUAAGCAUAGGCUACAAUACAUUUAUUACAGUGAAUACAAAAAUUCUUCAUACGAUUCAUGGUAUAAACGUACAAGCUCUUCACAUAUUAACAUCGUUUCGUAAUUGUCGAUAUGAAUUUAUGUUUACGAAUCACGAUACCAAAAGUACAAGACUCUACACUUCGGUCAUAGGUGUUUACAGAGCUUACGUAUCGUCGAAAAUUUACAGAGAAAUUAAAUUGAGAAGCGGUAUUAUACAUGAAAAUCGGCUGAUUUUAUUACCUCAAGAAAAAGUACACUCCUCUGUGCAGGAUGUUUGGAAUUUAUCUGUCGAACAGGGAAAUAUUGGAACUUUUAUUAUAACAAAUAUACGUUUGGUAUGGUAUGCGGAUGUGAAUCAUCAAUUUAAUGUAUCGAUUCCUUACCUUACAAUAGGAAAUAUUACUAUAAGGACAUCAAAAUUUGGACCAACCUUGGUAAUUUUAAGCACAGAGGCCAGUGGAGGCUAUGUCUUAGGUUUUCGCGUUAAUCCCUUGCAGCAACUUCACAUUACUCACAAAGAAGUAUCAAUACUCCGUUCAGAAUUCGAAAAAUUUCCUAUUUUUGGCGUGGAAUAUACAUUUGAACAUCAGGCACCUGCACAAGAGGAGAUCAGUAUAGAACAAUUCACCGAGAUACAAGAUAAUCAAGCUGAAAUAUCAAAUGUGUUUGGUUAUUAUUUUUCUGAAGGAGAGACAGGUCAAAGGAAACCGAACUUUUCAAUUCAUUUAGGACUUGCAGCGGAAGAACCCAGAGAAGGCAGCACACUGCAGAGUUUAUGGGAACUUGUACCGUCAAGCGCUAAUUAAGUUUCUAGUAUACAGGGUGUUCAUUAAUGGUUGUCGCCACGUUUUAUCAUAGGAGCACGCAUUUGUUAUUGCUAAUAUAAUAAUACGUUAGAAAUACAUAUUCAUCGGUAAAUCAUGCUCUUAUGGUAAAAAGUAGGUACAACCAUUAAUGAAUACCCUAUAUAGUAUUCGAGGUAAAAGAACUUUUAGAUUUUCCAUAUUAACCUUUAGACCGCCAGCAUUAGAUCUAUUGUAAUUCCCUUAGAAAGUUUCUAAAAUAUUGUACUUAUAUCUUGGACAUAACCUAUAUAAUGGGGGAUUUGACAUAGUGUCUUACAUAGUAAUACGUGACAUAGUAAUAAUCACAAGGUGAUUAUUAAUGAAUGUCUCCACUUUUUAACAUAGGAGCACGCAUUUGUAAUUCCUAAUAUGUAAGAAAUACGUAUCUGUCGGUAAAUCAUACUCCUAUGGUAAAAAGUGGGGACAUUCAUUAAUAAUUACACUGUAUAUAGACUUUUCGGCGGCUAACGGUAAGGAAAAAAUUCAAAAUUUUAAAUUCGGCCAAAAAGGUCGUUUUCAUAGGAUUUUGGGUAAAUACGAUGGCAAAGUCAGUUUUUGAAAAUAUUCGAUUCUUAUACCUAUGCGCCAAAAUUGCAUGAGGUUUAUAAGUAUGUGGUACGACUCCUUUAGCAUUAUCCAGAGCCAACGACAGGGACAUAGAGAGACAGUGUGGCUCCAUUUUUUAUUUUUAUUUGUUCUUUUUUAUUUGUGUAUGUGUGUGGGGUGAGGGAGGGGAGGGGUAUGUGCUGAACCUUCUGUACACGUUUUUGAGUGUUUAGAUAAAUUAUUCCAAAGAGUCUAUAUUUAGAUUUUUCGGCGGUCUAAAGGUUAAUGUUACUAAUUCGGAAUAAAAUUAUAUGCAGGAAUAGACUAAAAAGAUAAAAGUUGAAUGCUAAAGU